GCACAGACACGCGCGCUCCCGUCUACACGCGCUCAUUCUUGACUGCAAGCAAAAAUAACGGAUAACACAAAGGAGAGCAGCUAGAAUGGCUACUGCUUUACGUUGGCGUUUGGGCUUAUUUCUCUUCCUUAACUCGGUGAUAAUGACAUCAGGCCAGAAUGCAGACAUAGAAAUCUUCGGUGAAAAUGUCAUUAUCCCACCCAGUCCGAAGUCAUCCAUACAUCAACAUAGUCAUCACUGGAGACACAGAGAUCGCAGAGAGGGGAUGAUAGCAGGCCGGCUUACAAAGAGACCCCACAUUGUGUCCCACAUCCAAAAUGAACAUCCAGAGCUGAAGAGCCUCAGUCCUGUUCACUUAGAGAUGGAGCCAGAAAAUAAAAGAUGGGUAAUGAGUUCAAGGACCUUCCUGGGGGUGGAUUCCUUAAUUCCAGAGCAAAUACAUAUAUCCCCUGGUGCUGAGAUUUCAGAGAAGGUAAUGAGACAUCGCACUGGUGGCAGGGUGUUUGGUAUGGAGCGCCAUAAUAAAGAAACAAGGACGACGGUUAAGAAACUGAGGUUUACUUUUAAAGAAAGUCUACAUGAACCUGUGACCCCUACUGCCUCAUUCAGGUCCUUAUCACUGGAAACUGCAGCAUUUAAGGGGGAACCUUCCACACGACCAACGCCCACUAGUAAACCACAGGUCAGAAGUGUAGAUGUGACACCCACUUUAAACAUGGCAUUGUUUGACUGGACUGGUUAUGAAGAUUUGAGGCCUGCAGACAAACAUCUAUCUUUCAAUAAGAGAAGUAUGACCAAUAUUUCACAUACCGAACGGGAAUCCAGGAACCCGGAAAGGAAUCCAGACAUUGAUGUACAAAUCCAGACUCUGAUGCCUCCUAAGAGCACCAGCAGUGAAAAUGUGACACUUACAUCAAAUGGGAACUGUAAACAUCACCUAAAUUGCCUGCCAGGUUCCUGCUGCAAUCUAAGAAAUCACGUGUGUGAGAUCCACAACCGCGGUCUCAACAACAAAUGCUAUGACAGCUGCAUGUGUGAGGAAGGGCUUCGGUGCUAUGCUAAAUUACAGAGACAUUACCGCAUCACUCGCAAAAAGGGACAGUGUGCUGAUCUAGAGGGCAUAAACUUAAACCAUGGCAUGUUUAUCGUUGUUUAGAUUAGGCAGGAUAAAUCUUUCUAAGUGCAUGUGAUUGGAUUAUCCAAAUUGUAUAUAUUUGUGUGUUUUCUUUGUAAAUACAUUAACAUUAUUGUUUUGGGAAUAAAGUAAAUGUGAAUUAAAAAUAAAGAAAUUAAGUUACAGUAUUAUUUUGAUAUUUGUGAAAUAAAGAUUACAAUAACGUUUUUAACAAAAGUCAAAGUUUUGCAUGUAGACAUAAUUAUAGUAAGUCAACAUUAGAUUUUCCAGAAAUAUUUGUGUUCACAACAGUUAUUUUUCCGGUCGAGUGUUAAAGGGCACCUUUUAUGCAAAAUUCACUUUUAUAAGGUGUUUGAACAUAAUGUGUGUGGGCAGUGUGUGAACACAACCACCUUACGGUGAAAAAAAUCCACCUGCUCCUUGUUUUUUAAUUCCCAUUGAACCAAAACAGUCCAAAGCAGACACGCCAUUUUAAUUCUUCUCUUAUCAAUGUUACAGUGCUGCAUUACUAUUUCCACCCUCAGCGAGUUGUACUCUGACUGUAUUAACUCUUUCCCAUUUUUUUUUAAGUUGCCAGCACCAAAAAUACCAAAUUUAUUGAA